AGCAUUUCACUCCACUUCGCCUCUUUCUCACUUCAUCAUCAGAAAGUGCAUGCGUUUUGAUUUUCCUCUUUACUGGGCAAUGACCAGAAUAAUCCUUUCCCCUGUCGUGACCUUCCUCACUUUGCCGUUCUUCAGCUCAAGCAUCCACGUGACCAAGACAUAAAACACCAUGACAGUGCCGCCGCAAAACAAGAAUAGCAGAGAGGAGAGCUCUGAGCCAGGCCAGCGUAAACGUAGAGCGCAUCAGAAAUCCAGACGAGGCUGUCGGAACUGCAAGCUUCGACGCGUGAAAUGCGAUGAGACCAGACCCCAAUGCCAGAAAUGCAUCAGUUUCCACGUCUCCUGCAACUACGACGAUCCGCAAGCUCCAGAUCUCCAGACCUCGUUCGGCGGCACGGUGAUGAUGAUAGGGACGAUCAGGAAGAACGCGGCGCCGCCACCAGCGCCCCGGCAGCGGCUGCUCCCUGCAAAUGUUGAUGAGGUACCUCGAUGUCUAGACCCGGGACUGCCCUGCGUCGCGGACGACUAUUCGAGGAUCCAGCUCGAUAGGGAGAGCCGGAGUCGAUUGUCUAGGUUCUGUAUGCGUACUGUCCUCUCCAUAGGGACUCCCCAAGGAGGGAUCAUUUUCCAGAGAGUAUAUCUCGAGCUUGCCUGCGGUCAUCCCUACCUCAUGCACGCCAUCCAAACCCUCACCGCGCUACACGACCGCCAGCUCUCGCCCUCCCCCACCAGCCGCCUCUCCAGCAUCGCGCUCUACCACCUGACCCGGGCCGCCGCGCUCCUAAACGCCAAGCUCUCGGCUCCCCUGCAGGACGCCGACCGCGACGCUCUAUGGGCCACAGCCGCGCUCCUCGGCAUCGCCGCCUGCUCCUGGCUCGAAGCGUCGCGCGCCGACGAAGCAUGGCCUUUGACACCGCGCUCGCCCUCCGAUCUAGAUUGGAUCCGCAUGACCGAGAACAAGGCCGCGGUGAGGCAGCUGACGGACCCGACGCGGCCGGAGAGUCUGUUUUAUAGCAUGGCGCACGCGAUCGCGACUCCCGCUGGCGGCACGCCGAUCCCGCGGCAGUUCGCUAUUCUGUGCGGACUACGUGAGGAAGAGGAGACGGAGACGAACCAGGAUGAGAAAAAUCCGUACUAUGAGGUCUUGCGAGCGCUGGCGCCACUGCUAACGAUAGAGUGUACGCGCGACACGAUCCUACCGUUCCUGUCGUUCAUCGGACAUCUACCGGCGGCGUUCAAGAGGUUGCUUGAGGAGCGGGAUGCGCGGGCGCUGCUGCUGUUGGCGUAUUGGUAUGCGAAGGUUGGGAAUGCGGUGUGGUGGCUGGAGAGAAGGACGAUGUUGGAGGGGAUGGCGAUAUGUGUGUAUUUGGAGAGGUAUCAUGGGGAUGACGGGGCCAUCAUGGAGUUGUUGGCGUAUCCGAGGAUGAGGUGCGGGUUGGCGGGGGAGAGGAGUCGAGAUGGAGACUUUGUCAGUUAAUCGGUUGGGUAAGGUAUAGAGGGGGGAGAUCCAACACCGCUGGCGGGCCCUGCGAAGGGGAUUAUGUAGAAAAGAGGUUUUAUUCUAAUGAUAUCAACCGC